AUGGUGAAGAAGAAGGUGAACAAGACAGCAGCCGCCUUCAGGAAGACAGGAGGUGGUUCGCAACAAGAACCAGACCUUCUGCUCUAUGAAGAGGAGCUCCUGCAGUUCCUGAAAAGAGACAACCUCCUUGAGAUUGAGGGGACAACUGGCACUGACACAUCUGAAG